AAUUGCCCCUGUGACUAAUCGGCAUCCAAUACGCGAUUGUAAUUUCCGAUAGGCUGUGGAAGAAGUUACCGACUAAAUACAUCAUGCAGGAUUCUAGCAAGGACACAGAAUGGAAUGAUGCCUUGCGACGGCAUGGGAUUAUCCCUGAAAAAAAGGAGAUCACUGAAGAACAGAUUGUGUCAUUAGUCGACGAGGCUGCGAAAAAACGGCUUGAAUCUCAAGAACGCAAUUUGGACAAUCUAACCCUCGACGAACUGGAACUCCUUGAGGACGAAGAUGAUGAGCGAGCUCUACUAGAAUUUCGUCGAAAGCGGAUUGCUGAAAUGUGGGAAGCUGCGAAAAAAGCGAGGUUUGGUGAAGUACGUGAGAUCUCUGCUGAUGACUGGGUCGAACAGGUGAACAAAGCCGGUGAAGAUGUUACAGUGGUGAUACAUUUGUUUAGUAGUGGUGUUCCGGUUUGUACCCUACUUAAUCAACAUAUCCAAAAAUUAGCACCAAGGUUCCCUGCAGUGAAAUUCCUUCAAGGUCUUGCCCAAUGUUGCAUACCUAACUUCCCGGAAUCGCAUUUGCCCUGUAUAAUGAUUUACCGGAAUGGAAAACCGGUGGAAAAAUUUGUAGGUCCCGAAUUUUGGGGCAGUCGGCCGACCGUUGAAAGUGUUGAAUGGGUUCUUGCAAAAAAAGGCCAGGUUUUCGAAACUGAGAUCGAGAAGGACCCUCGGCCAAAAGUUCGUGACAUCUUGUUAAGCCAGCUGAAGGGCAAGGAUUAUGAUGAUAACGGCGAUGACUGGUAGCUUGCAGACAAAUUUAAUGCAACAGACCAAUGCACCGUUAAAGACAUGACAUGCGGACGGAAGAGCAUCACACUAAUUUGUACCGAUAUCUCAGCAAAACGCGAUCUAGAAAAAGAUGAGCCAUAAUACUGGGACUUAUUAGAUAUAAAUGUACAGGACAUACUUACAUUAUGACUAUUGUGAUGAGUACAAGUGAUCACCUUAAUGGAACUAAUCACGCUAAUGCCAAAGAAUGAAAGUUAAGGUUUAGACUUAUCUAUAGUGCCUGCGUUUACAUGUGUAUUUAUUCUUUAAAUAAAUAAAUAAU